GGAAAAUGAACGAAUUUCCAUCCCCAAUUCUACAAAACAAAACAAACAAAUAAGGCUUUUCCUUGGUUGUAUUAUCAUCACAAAGUAACUAAAACAGCUGAAAGAAUCCGGCGUACUUGGUCCACAUCGCAAGAGUUUGAUAAGUUUCUGUUUAUUGGAAGAAAUCAGAUUCACCCCUUUUUCCUAUUUGAUCAGUGUUCUCUUUCAGGUUUCCUCUUUUUGCAAGCUUUUCCGAAAGAAUCCUUCAACAAGGCAAAGGCUAUAUUUUUGGUGAAGAGAGUGAAACGGUAUACAGAGAAGUGGGUUGAAUUCAGAACGUUUGAACAGAUCUGUUACAUCCCGAGAUAUACAAAGACACAAAGCGCAUACGAACACACACAUACAUACAAUACGGACAGAUGUCAGAGUCACAGCCACAGAAGAGUUAUAACAGAAGACCCAAGGGCGGCAACUCCAAGAGCGGCUCGAAGAAGUCGAGCGGUGGAGGAAACGGCGAAGAGUUCAAGCAGAAACUCAACACGUUGAAGGAGCUCUUUGAAGAGUGGUCAGAUGCUGACUUGACUGAUUUGAUCAAUGAGUACGACGAACUAGAGAUCAUCAUUGAGAAGAUCACCACAGGUGCAGUCCAGAAGUGGGACGAGGUUAAGAAGCCAAAUAAGAAGGAGAAACAAUUACAACAGCAACAGCAGAGGGAGCAGGAGAUCCAACAACAGAGAGAAGCUGCUGCUCUUGCAAGAAGACAGAACAGGGCCACCAGACCUCAAAAGAAGGUUGGUGCUUCUCAAGGCAAGCAAAGUAAGCCAACCACAAGUGCACCAGCAGCAUCCAGUGGUCCAACUACACAAGCAUCUGGUUCGUCAUGGGCUUCUAUUGCAGGUUCUGAAAAGUCCAAACCUCCAGCCACAUCCACCACUGAAGAGGCUGCUGCUGAUGCAACCGCCCCAGUGACUACCACAUCACCAGAAUCUAGAGAGGCUAAGUCCGUUGAGUCACCAGCUCCAGUGCCAGAAACAAAGACCGAAGGGGACGAAGCACCAGCGCCAAAGAAGGUUCCAUCAAAUCCUGCUACUUCAAACCGUUCAUGGGCCUCUAUCGCCACACCACCACCUCCAAAACCACAGAAGAAGAAGACCGAGCCAAAGCCAAAACCUGCUUCCCAGUCUGCUCCAGUUGUACAGGAAACCCCUAUUGAAGAGUCCGUCACCGAAGCUUUGGAAGAGGUUACCAUCACAGAACCACAGUCAGUUACAGUUGAGACCGUGGAGACCGUGGACACCACAACUACUGUCGAAGUUGAAGCUCCAGUUGCCGAAGCCGAUGCUACUGCUUCAGCUCCAGCUUCUGUCCCAGUUGCGGAGGAGAAACCAAAGAGAAAGUUGAAACAAGAUGUCCCAGUGGUCCUUCCAAAUGCUUCAUCGGUUGGCACUGUUGAAGGUAUUUCAUUCGGUUCUUCUUUGUUGGAUGAGGAGAAGCAAACUGCUCAACCUGCUCAACAACAGCAAUCACAACCACCACAGCAGCCACAGCAGCCACAGCAGCCACAGCAGCCACAGCAGCCACAACAACCACAACAACCACAACAGCAGCAACAACGUCAGUACAACGGUUACCAACAACAACCACAACAACAAGGUCGUCAAUCUAACCAGUUUGCUGGUUACUACGCCCAAGGUUACCCUCAACAAGCCCAGGGUUACCCACAGCAGGCCCAAGGUCUUGCUAAAGGUUACGAACAAUCUUAUGGAUUUCAACCAGCUUAUGGUUACCAAGAUUUCUCUGCUUAUGGUGCCGCUCAACAACAAAUUCCACAGCAACCACAACAGUUCCAACAAUCUCCAUUUGGCGCCGUUGCACAGGUUGCUGCUCAAGGUUAUCCAGGAAGCUCUGAAUUAUCCAAUGCUUCUCCAGCUAAUGCUAAUGUCCAGCCAAACUUACAAAACCAACAGUUCAACCCAUACUAUGCUCAGUACAUGUACAACCCAGCUGCUAUGUACGGUAACUUCUAUGGUGGUAUGCCAGCUGCUUACGGUCAAAAGGGUUACGGCUAUCCACAGCAGACCCAAUCUGCUCCUCAAUCACAACAAGGUGCUGGUGCUAACGGUGUGAGUGUGCCAUCGACUGUGGCCUCCCAAACUGAAGAUGCUUCAGUUGCUGCUCAAAGCCAAGGCCAAGUUCAAGGUCAAGCACAGACUCAAGGUCAAGGUCAAGGUCAAGUCCAAGGUCAACAACAGAUCCCAGGUCAACAAGCUCAGCCAAACUACUUCCAAAACCAGUACGCUGCCUAUGCUAACUACGGCUAUGACCAACAACAGUACAGAAACUGGGGUGCUUAAAGUUUACGACUUAAAGAAGUGAAUCUACUGUUUUAUACGUGCCAAUUCGUUUAGUAACCUUUAGGCCCUAUGAAAUGGACUCAAAAAGAAACGUGUCUCAUGAAUUCACUCUUGUAGAUUGGUUUAUGUAGUUGCUGCCAAUGGCUUAACUGGAAAUUCUAACUUUUCCUUGUCACUUUUCAAAUCAUAUUCACUUGAGCCAACUGCUGACCCAAAAAGUCCAAACCUUGAACACAUACGCUGUCUAACUUUAUCAGUCACCUCUAUAAGUGC